AUGUCGUUAGAGCAACAGCAACAAGUUAUACAAUAUGUACCGUUUACAUCUUUCGUGCACCCAUCUUUUUGGCACAGUCUUACAGACAUAAAAUUAAACGUUGAUAAGUUAAAUGAAAGCACAAAGCAAAUAUACGGCCGUUUUACUUACCGUGAUGACAUCGGUACUGUGUUCGAAGUCGAUGGUACUUCAUUUAAUAAGGUACCUGAGACAGAGCAAAUGUAUUACAAUGUCACUGGAACAAUAAUGAACAAAAACACAAUUGAGGAUUUUAAAAAUAUUGAUAAAGCAGCACUACUUAACAGCAUUGGUGAAAUUAUAUGGCCAAAUAUUAAAAGAAAAACUUGGAUCUCCAAUCCUAAUAGUUUAUUAAGUUUCAUUAUUUUAUCUUUUGCGGAUCUCAAAAAAUUUUAUUACUAUUAUUGGUUUGCAUUUCCUUGCCCUAGUCAACCUACUGUAUACCUGAUAGACAAAAGUCAGCCUAUCUCAACAGUUUUUAGUAAUAAGCAGCUGGAAGAAUUGUCUGUGGGUUUCAAAUCAUUAGAUAUAGAACAAAAAUGCUUUUUUGCAAUAACCAAGGAAGGUGAAAGCAUAUAUGUCAAACCAAUGUCCAAGAUUCUUGACCCGAAUAAACCCACACAAAAUGCAAUAGAUAUCGAUGUGGUGUUUGCAUUUAUUGAUCCCAGUAAUGGACCAAAUCCAGGAUGGCCUUUAAGAUUGUUUAUAGCAGCUUUAUUAGACCACUGUCCUAGCCUAAGUGGUACAGAUGUAACAAUUAUUGGUAUUCGAAGCAGUGGAAGUGGAACUUUAAAUAACAGCAAUGUUUACACAAUUGCAAUACCCCAGAAUUUACAAAAAGUAGAUAGUUCAGGUUGGGUUGGUUGGGAAAGAAAUGACAAGGGUAAUUUUGGUCCCAAGCUCGCCAAUAUGUCUGCAUCGAUGGAUCCCAUCAAAUUGGCCGAUUCAUCAUCAGACUUAAAUAUCAAAUUAAUGAAGUGGAGAUUGGUGCCGGAUAUUGACGUGGAGGUGAUGAAGCACACCAAAUGCCUGUUACUUGGAGCUGGAACACUUGGAUGCCAAGUAGCUCGCGAUCUCUUGGCUUGGGGUUUUCGUCACAUAACUUUCAUAGACAAUGGUAAAGUUUCGUAUUCGAAUCCAACGCGUCAAGUGCUGUUUAACCAUCGGGAUUGUCUUGACGGUGGUCGUAAGAAAGCUGAAGCUGCAGCCCAAAAUUUAAAAUUAAUUUUGCCCACAGUUAACAGCAAAGCUAUCGUCGCACAUAUCCCAAUGCCGGGACAUCCAGUUGGGGAAUCAUUGCUAGAGGAAACGGUCACAAAUCUCAAGUUAAUUAUAGAAGCGAUCGCUGAACAUGACGUGAUAUUUUUACUGCUCGAUACAAGAGAGGCUCGAUGGUUGCCCACGCUUGUUGCAGCGCACCAUGGAAAAAUUGUCAUAAACGCAGCGCUCGGUUUCGACAGUUAUCUGGUAAUGCGACAUGGCGUUGGCUUACGCUGCAUGGAAAGUGCUGUAUCCGUCAACAGCACUUACAUUCCAGGGGGUCUGCUGGGAUGCUACUUCUGUAAUGAUGUCACUGCGCCAGGAAACUCUCUGAAAGACCGUACAUUAGACCAACAAUGCACGGUGACUCGACCGGGUGUGGCCGCGAUCGCCGGGGCUCUAGCGGUAGAAGUCCUCGUAGCGCUGUUACAACAUCCACUAAGAGUGGAAGCCCCAGCGCUGUAUAACUUCAAUGGAGAUGAAGACAUAGCAUCAGAGCUGCAGGGUGUUUUAGGCCCUAUACCCCAUUCGAUACGAGGUUUUCUUCAUUCUUACACAAGCGUAACGCCAACAUGUGCCAAGUUCAAACAGUGCAUAGCUUGCUCGGAUGUAGUUAUAAAUAAGUACAGGGAAAAGGGAACAGAGUUCUUAUUGAAGGUAUUCAACAGCGGGAAAUACUUGGAGGAGGUUACGGGAUUGUCGGAGUUGCAGUUGGCAGCGGAAAUGACUGAUAUACUAACAUUUUCCGACGAAGACCAAGAUCAAGAGUAA